CUAAAACACUCCAACUUACCAAAAACACACACAAAAGUAAUUAUUACGGAGCCAACGAGGACAUUAUUGUCAUUCCAGAUCAUCCAACUGGUACGGUUACUAAGAAAACUUGACCAGCGAUGAACCCGAGACCAUUGCGCCGAGCUCUAUUCUGCUCCAUUGCCAUCAUCACCAUGUGACCCUUCUCUCUCUCUCUUUCUCUCUGUACUCUGAAAAAUUCAGUUUUUUUCUUUCUUUAAUGAUUUGUUAUGACUCUGUUGGAUUCAAACCAAACCCACACGAGAGAAUGAUGAGAAAGUAAGUAGAUCAACGAUUUUGUUCCAAAUGUUUUGAUUAAACUAAAAAAAGAUCCAUUCAAAUCAACGACUCUUUCUCUACAUUUUCUCCCAAAUCUCUCUCUAAAGCAAUGUCGCUUGACAUAACGAGACCGAACAACAACAAUAACAAGACGAAGAAGAAGACAGGUUUCAUCGUGAAAAUGCAGCUUAAUAACAACAACAACAGAGGAGGAGGAAAUAAAAGAAACAUCUUUGUCUUCUUCUUCUUCUUCAGAAAUUAUUACACAUGGAUCCUCUGGUUUCUUCUCUCUUUCUAUCUCUUCACAUCUUACUUCUCCGGAGAAGACCAAUCCUCAUCUCCCUCAACAAUACGUCUCUUGUCUAACCAUAAAACGUCGUCGUCUCUCCCUUCUCGUGCUCUCAUCGAAUCUUCCGCCAUUACCACCACCUCCAUUGAUAUGUUCAGCGGGAUGAAGAUAUAUGUAUACGAUUUACCGGCGAGUUAUAACGACGACUGGGUUAAGUCAUCAGAACGUUGCUCAACUCAUCUUUUCGCUGCGGAGGUAGCGAUUCACCGUGCGCUUCUCUCAUCCGUCGUCCGUACGUUAGACCCGGAAGAAGCUGAUUACUUCUUCGUCCCUGUCUACGUUUCUUGCAACUUCUCCACAUCCAACGGGUUCCCUUCUUUAAGCCACGCUCGCUCUCUCAUCAGCUCAGCCGUUGAUCUCAUCUCCGUUCGUUACCCGUUUUGGAACCGGACUCAAGGCUCUGAUCAUGUCUUCGUUGCUUCUCAUGACUUUGGCGCUUGCUUCCACGCUAUGGAGGACAUGGCGAUUGAGGAAGGGAUACCAGAGUUUAUGAAGAAGUCAAUAAUAUUACAAACGUUUGGAGUUAAUUACAAGCAUCCAUGUCAAGAAGUGGAGCAUGUUGUGAUCCCGCCUUAUAUUCCGCCGGAGAGUGUUGAGAGAGCUUUAGAAAGAGCUCCGGCGAACGGCCGGCGAGACAUUUGGGCGUUUUUCCGGGGGAAGAUGGAAGUCAACCCUAAGAAUAUUAGCGGACGGUUUUACAGCAAGGGAGUGAGAACGGCGAUUCUAAAGAAAUACGGAGGGAGAAGACGGUUUCAUCUAAACCGGCACCGGUUUGUUGGAUACCGAUCAGAAAUCGUGAGGUCGGUGUUUUGUCUGUGUCCUCUAGGGUGGGCACCAUGGAGUCCAAGGCUAGUGGAAUCCGCGGUGUUAGGUUGCGUUCCCGUUGUGAUAGCUGACGGGAUCAAGCUACCGUUCUCGGAUACGGUACAGUGGCCGGAGAUAUCACUCACGGUGGCGGAGAAAGACGUGAAGAAUCUACGGAAGAUUUUGGAACACGUGGCGGUGACUAAUUUGUCUGCCAUACAGCGAAACCUACACGAGCCGGAGAUCAAACGGGCCCUACAGUACAACGUCCCGAUGAAGGAAGGAGACGCCACGUGGCGUGUCCUCGAGGCGUUGCGGAGAAAGCUCGAUGAUCGGUCGUACAGAAGGUCAAGGGUAUUGAGCCAAUGAGAAUUUGACAUGUAAGAUUCUUUGUCUGAAUGGAAUUGGAUGCUAGGCUGGAUUGUUUUUCGGACUGUUUCGGAAUCGGUAAACCGGGAAUGUCUCGUGUGAGUGUCCACAACGUGAGGUGGGGUUUAUAACUCGGACACGUGAGAUGUUUGCUGACCUGGCUGGCCGAGCACUGAGUGGAUUAGAACGUGGAAGUGUAAAGUAUUGCUGACGUGUAAUUCUUUUGAUGAGUAGGCAUAUAUUAAUUCUUUUCUGAAAAUAUAAAUCGAGAUCCAAAUUCAUUAGUUUUA